AGCCUGAUCAGGAAGUGGCGGGCGGAGUCCGGGGCCGAGUCGCGCCGCCUUAGCUGCAGCCGCCACUGCCGCUGCCGCCAGUGCCGAGACCCCGGCCUGGCGGGGCUGCGCUGGGAGUGCGUACGGGCAGGCGGGGGCGCUGACGAGAAGCAGGAAGCGGUGGCCACGCGGGCGUGGGCGGCUGGUCCAGGUGGAGGCGCUGGGAGGCGGCGGCCGGUCGCGUGGGGUGGCCCUCCUCGCUCAGAAAUAUGGAUCCAAGCCUGUUGAGAGAACGAGAGCUGUUCAAAAAACGAGCUCUUUCCACUCCUGUAGUAGAAAAACGUUCAGUAUCUUCUGAGUCAUCAUCAUCAUCAUCAAAGAAGAAGAAAGCAAAGCUAGAACAUGGAGGAUCAUCAGGCUCUAAACAAAAUUCUGAUCAUAGCAAUGGAUCAUUUAACUUGAAAGCUCUGUCAGGAAGCUCUGGGUAUAAGUUUGGCGUUCUUGCUAAGAUUGUGAAUUACAUGAAGACACGGCAUCAGCGAGGAGAUACACAUCCUCUCACUUUAGAAGAAAUUUUGGAUGAAACACAACAUUUAGAUAUAGGACUCAAGCAGAAACAAUGGCUAAUGACUGAGGCAUUAGUCAAUAAUCCAAAAAUUGAAGUGAUAGAUGGGAAGUAUGCCUUCAAGCCCAAAUACAACUUGAAAGAUAAGAAAGCCCUACUUAGGCUGUUAGAUAAGCAUGACCAGCGAGGCUUAGGAGGAAUUCUUUUAGAAGACAUAGAGGAAGGACUGCCCAAUUCCCAGAAAGCUAUCAAGGCUUUGGGGGACCAGAUACUAUUUGUAAAUCGUCCUGAUAAAAAGAAAAUUCUUUUCUUCAAUGAUAAGAGCUGUCAGUUUUCUGUGGAUGAAGCGCGACGACUAAAAAUGUACCCAGAUAUUACCAAAUGUUCCCCCAGGAGGCAAAACUACUUGGGUUGAGAAUUCUGUUGAAGGUACGAUUUAUGUUUAUAAAAUAGACAACAGUUAAUUAAGAUACGUUGUCUUCAAGCUUCUUUUCAUGAAUUUUUUGAUUCAGCACAUUCACUGAUACAACGGAUGUCCAAGUGAAUAAGGUUUCUGUUCGUGAGCUCACCUAAGACAGAGGGAAGAUUGACAUAGGAACUCAUAUAGUAGCUCUUGCAUACUGUCAUUGUGAUGUUCAUACAGUGGUGUAGAGACCCUGGGGGAACUUCCUAGGAACUUCAGAGGUGAGACAGUGUUCUUUUAGUUGAAAUUGUCAGUAUGGCAUAAAUCACUAAUUUAAAAAAAACCUGAGUCUUUGCUAAUGGUAUAAACAGAAGGCCCCCUGAAAAUUGAUGCAUAUCGUAAUAUUUAUCUUCCUUGCUCUUUUUUCAUAUUUUACUCAAAAUGGUUUGUCCUGAUUGUAUUGAUGAAGAUUUUUGUUUUAGCCCAGUAGGUGGCAGUCAUAGCUAGAGAUGAAAUCUUGAAUGAUGACGCUUUCAGUCAUGCUUAAGAUUACCCUUCAUUUUAUCUGUAAAUAGAAGCAAAUGUCCUAAAAUGAGAUGUAGCAAACAAGUAAGGAGAGAGUUUAUUUGUAGUAAUUUAAAAAAAUCAAAUAGGUAAGUGAACGCAGUGUAGCUGAACUUAGGUAUAUGUCUUAUUUCACAAAAGCAUUUCCUUAUAUCAGGAUCGUAUUCAUUUAGAGGCAGUAUAAAUGCAGUGGUUAAGAGGAUGGUUUGAGUAGUUAACUGUUGGUUUAUAUCUUAGCUUUGCUCCUUGUUUGCUUAGACAAGAUACUUCUGAGAUUCCUUAUCUAUAAAAUAGGAGUAACGGUAUCUGUCUUGUCCUUAUGAUAAUUAAAUGAGUUAAUAUGAAAGUUCUUAGAGCUUGGAACAGAGCCUGGCGCAUAGUAAGAAUAGUAGUAACAGUAAUAUUAGCUAUUAUUAGUAGAAUUAGAAAUACCAAAUAGUACCAAAAUAUUAGGUGUUUAAAUCUUACCUGAUUAUUUAUUCACAUUUCCUUAGCUCUCUGGCUGAUUGACUAAGUGGAUCUGUAGUUUUGUGUUUUGUUACAUAGCAGAGAGCCAGAGCCAGUUUAGCAGUCUGAAGCCACAUUUGUGCUGAUCUUUUGCGGAAACAUAACGUUAAUUGGUGUUCCUGGUGACAAGUCCAGUGACAACGCUGAUUUUUCUUUCAUUGCUGCUAUUUUCUUUUCUACCUGGAAGCUUAAACAAUUUAAACUUUAUCCUUCCAAUAUAGGACUUCUCUCAGAAACUCUCUUCCUAGAGCUCUGGUGCUGUUUUAUUUAGUUCAUUAUUUUUUAAUGGCUAUAUAGUAUUCCAUUUUAUGGAUGUGCUUUAAAACAGUUUUUCCGAUGCUCCACAGAUGGAAAUUUAAUUUUUGUUUUCCUAUAUGCUAUUAUAAAUAAUGCUUAAUACUUACACAUAAAUAUAUGUGCACUUGCCUCAUUAUUUCCAUAUUGUAGUUUUCUUGAAAUAGAAUUGUGAGAUCAGAAGGUAAGCGAUAUUUAAAAAAUUUUCUUUCCCUUAAAAAAAUUUUUUUUAAUGUUUAUUUUUAAGAGAGAGAGAGAGAGACACACACACACACAUGCAGAAUCCAAAGCAGGCGCUAGGCUCCAGGCUGACAGCACAGAGCCUGAUGCAGAACUCUAACCCACCAACUGUGAGAUCAUGACCUGAGCCAAAGUCAGACACUCAACUGACUGAGCCACCCAGACACCCCUAAAAAAUUUUCAAUACUUUGCCUAAUGCCUUUUGUAAAGUUUGCACCAAUAUUUUGGGACCAAAUUACCCCUUCACAGCAGUAUAUGGAAAAGUAUCCAUUUCUUUACCCUCACCAGUACCAGAUGUUUUUAGUUGUCUUUGCCAGGCUCAUAGAAAAUAAAGAUUAUCUUGAAUGUAUUUUUCUUGCAAUGACUUUAUAAAAUUAAGAAAAACAAGAUUAUUUCUCUUUGUACCUCUGUCAGCUAUACAUUUUCUGUCCCCCCCCCCCCCAUACAUUAAAAUGUAAUUAAAUUUCGGAUCCUGUGGAAUCCUGCCUCUAAAAUUUGGCCCUGCUUUCCAGUGUUCAUCUUAAGUAUUUGUGCAGCUGUGAUACAUUUAUAUAGUACAUGUAAUACUUAAAUACUGCAACAGGACUAAGCUAAGGAAAGGCAGGGAUUAAUGUAGAAAUGUUUUAUUGAAAAAUAACAAAGACAUUGAAGAGUUUUUUUAUUCAGGGAUUUUCCUCUGAAAAUAGCUCAAGCAUCACUUUUCUAGCAAAAGAAAGUAGUUAAAUUUUGUUUUAAUGUACUUUCAAUUCCAUUGUGCCAUUAAAAUUUAUAUUGUAUAUUCUUUUUGGUGGUACAUUAAUAUAUAUAUUAGCUUUCUAGACCAUUGCUGUUCCUUUUAAUAGGUAUUAUUACCUGUGUAAUUGUGUCUGAAGAGGCCUGAAGUAUAUGAGCUCUGUACAAAUCAAGGUAGAACAUCGCAGUAGUUUGUCUUUCAAAGAACUGAACCUUUAUGAUGCUGGUAACAUAGAUGCUUGGUAAAAAGUGAAUUGACUGAAAUUUACCAUUGAGUAAAAGAGGUUUUUCUCAUCUACACUUUUAUUCUCUUUAUCUUUUUUCUUCUACAAGAGAAAAGUAUACAGUUUAAUUGUUAUCCAUUUAUAUUCUGUAAUACUCUAAAUAAAUGAAUACAAUUUUUACACAUUGGUAGCUAGAAUUUAACAAGUUAUGGGUUAAAAUGCCUGAACUACUUUGUGGGUGGCAUACUUCCUUCAGCAGUUGUGGUAAAUUAGACAUAUAAAAUUCUGGUUUGGUAUAGAUUUUAAAACAGUAUUGUGUGCUUUCUUGGAAUUAGAGUGAUGUUUUUAUUGUUGACUUGGAAGUCUGACCUGAAGCUGUUUUCUCUCACAUAAUCCUGUAGCGAGCACAGCUAGUUGCAUUAAUCACAUUGUUCAUUGCAGAAAAAGUGGAUAGUUGGGGACUUCUGGUUUCUACUUAAAAUGGAGAAAGCUGGUCAAAGCACUGUUCCACCCCUAUAGCAAUAAUAAUAAGCCCUAGACAACUGCAGAUUUAUACCCGAAUCCAUCAGAGAGCUGAGGUUCCAGGGCAACCACUUAACCUGAAAUCUAAGGAAAGAUGGGUACCUCCAAGAAAAGAAGGGAUGCAAACACUUGUUUACCUGAGACAGAUACAGAAUGAACACCAAUCAGAAGAAUUCAGUUAAACAUUUUAAUGAAUUGCUGCUGGCUUAAAUUGGACUGGUGGGAAGAUGUAGAAUCCUUGGGGGCCGUGAACGCAUGGGAAUUCACAGCUACUUGCAGGCUCUUUUCCACAGACUUCACUGGAUGCUAACAAAUGAUCGAGCCUGGUGGGGGGCGGGGCGUAGAUGCUUCAGGAAAGACAUGAAGCCCUGUCUUAGUUCUUCCUGCCUCUCUACUGUGUGACCAAAGCCUUAAACUGUGGUUUGAAUAGAGCAGAAAGAAAACCUUCCACCCCUAAGGAAGGCGCAGGAAUAUGUCCUGGGCCCAGAACUUUAGCAGAGAGGGAUGGGCAGGAACAUCGAGAAGGCCACAGGCCAGCUACCUAGAACAUAGUACUUGGCUACGACCAAGGCUUAAUCAGAAUUUCAGAGAGCUACCACCCCGUACCAGGCUAAGAGUUGUAGAGUAAUGGAUAACAGUGGAAUUCUGUGAGAGUUGCAAGAGCUUGGAGGCAGACAGACCAUAAUGAGAUACAGCCUAAACAGAAGACCUAGAACUGCAGAUUGAGUAGACGUUGAGAAAAACUUUGGCAAACAAGCCUCUACCCUAAACACAAGGUGUGACUAGAGCAGUUUGAAGCCUGUGGUGCGUUAUGGGUAUUUAUAGCAGCAACAGAUUCCAAACCAAGCUCAUGUUCUGACAAUAGAAUGACUCUACCUUGACGCAUUAAAGGCCUAGCAGAAGCAAGGUCAUGGUCCUAUCCAGACACGAAAACUAGUUGUCUCAGUCUCACAUUUCCUACAGAAGAUACCCUGUUUUCAUUACACACACACACACACACACACACACACACACACACACACACACAUAUAUAAAAUAAAAAGAAGGAGAGGAAUACAGUAUUGAGACAGGGAAUUAAACUUCUUAGGACACAAGUACUAGAAAUUGUUAGACAUGGAAUUUAAGAUAACUAUGAUUUAUAUGUUAAGGCCUCUGGUGUUGAAAAGGCAGGCAAUGUGUACAGUCAGGUAGGAUAUUGGAGCGCCUGGGUCGGUUAUGUGUCCGACUUUGGCUCAGGUCAUGAUCUCGCAGUCCAUGGGUUUGAGCCCCGUGUCAGGCUCUGUGCUGACAGCUGAGAGCCUGGAGCCUGCUUUGGAUUCUGUGUCUCCCCCUUUCUCUGCCCCUUCCCCACUCAUGCUCUCUCUCUCUCCAUCUCUCAAAAAUGAAUAAACGUUAAAAAAAAAUAAAAAAAGAUGAAGUAGGAUAUUUCAAAGAGGCAUGAUAAGAAAAUCAAAUGAAAAGUUUAGAAGUGAAAAACACAGUAACAGACAAAAGAACUCAUCAGUAAAUUUGGCAUAACCAAAGGAAGAAUCUGUAAACUUGAACAUAGACCCAUAUGAAUUAUCUAAACUAAAAUACAAACAGAAAACUGAAAAAACAGAACACCCAUUAGCUAUGAGAUAAUAUCAAGUGGUCUGAAUAUGUAAUUUAAAUCUCAGAAGGAAAAUAGGACAAAAGAAAUAAUGGCCAAGGAUUUUGAAAAACUAAUGAUAGACACCAAAGAUUGAAGAAGCUCAGAGAAUUUAAGGAAGAUAAUCCCCCAAAACAAAUGACAGAAAAACAGCCAGACAUUUAUAUUCAAACUGCUGAAAGUUGAAGAUGAUGACAAAAUACUGAUGGGAGUUAGAGGAGGAAGCUCUUUACAGAGGAAAGAAUUGUCAUUUGAAUCUAUGGAAACCUGAAGACAAUGCAAUCACAUCUCUAAAGAAUCAAAAGGGAAAAAAAUUUCAACCUAGAAUUCUGUACCCAGCAGAAAGUCUGUCCAUGUAUUUGUUUGUUUGUUUGUUUAAAAAUGUUUUAUUUUUGAGAGCGUGUCAAGAGUGUGAGCGGGGGUGUGGGGGGUGGUGGGGGAGCAGAGAGAGAAGGAGACAGAGAGUCUGAAGCUAGCUCCAGGCUCUGAGCUGUCAGCACAGAGCCUGACGCAGGGCUUGAACUCACAAGCUGUGAGAUCAUGACCUGACCCAAAGUCUGACGCUUAACCGACUGAGCCCCCCAGGCACCCAAAAACAGUCUUUUAAAAAUGAAGGAGAGGGGCACCUGGGUGGCUCAGUCG